AUGGAUGCCAACGGAAUUGGUACAGAUGCUACGAUGGCGGAGCAUAUUGCCAAGAUCAAAGAACGUGAAUACGUCGCCAUAAACCAACGAGGCAGUGGCCGCAGCUCAGUGCAGGAAUUCAUUCCGACCCGUUUAGGUGUUGCCCUUGUGGAGGGGUAUGACAAUGUUGUCGAGGGUCUCCCUAAUAGUGUGUCUCUCAGCAAGCCGUUCCUUCGCAAGGAGAUGGAAUUGAGAAUGGUUGAGAUCUGCUCAGGCACCAAAACUCGACAAGAGGUCGUUCAGCAGAGUCUGGAUAUGUACCGAGAAGUCUUCAUUCACACACAGAGACGCAUCAACAUGCUGAAGACUGCCUGUCGUAAAUAUCUUGUUGAAGAAACCACGUCAUGA